GAGACAGAGACAGAAAGCGACAGGCAGCGACAGGCAGAGAUACAGAGUGAUAGACACCAAAGGAGAACUGCUUAGGAAGAGGAAGCUAAAAGAGACACGAAGAGCAGCGAAUACUUAACUUACAUUAAAACUAUGGCCAGGUUGGAUGUCACAGAGAUGUUUCACGGUAUUUCCUUCCCUGGACACCUGCACACCCAGGAGUCCUUAGAACUUGCUCUCAGAUUUCCGUUUCGGGACACGGACGUUCUCAUCGUCUCCUAUCCGAAGUCAGGCACCACAUGGCUGCAGGAAAUUGUGACUCUAAUUUUGAGCAGAGGGGACCCACAUCUGAACCAAACUGUUCCAAACUGGGAGAGGGCUCCCUGGCUGGAGCAAUACUACAGUGCAGCUGUACUGGAGGCCUCAUCUGCCACACAACGCAUCAUCACCACACACCUGCCUCAUCACCUACUAGGCCCUGCCCUUCAGGGCUCCAAAGCCAAGGUUAUCUAUGUGUACAGAGACCCCAAAGACGUAGUGGUGUCCUUUUACCACUUUCACAAAAUGGCCAACUUUCUUCCUGACGCUGGCACGUUUGAAGGGUUUUUAAAGAGAUUCCUCGAGGGGACGCUGAACUAUGGCUCCUGGUUUGACCACGUUAAAGGCUGGUCCAGUCAGAAGAAUUUUAUGGACAAUCUGCUUCACAUCACCUAUGAAGAGAUGUCGCUGAACCUACAUGAUGCCAUAGGGAAGGUCAGCUCUUUCCUACAGUGUCCCCUGGUGGAGGAGGAGGUCAACAACUGUGUGAAACUUUGCAGCUUCGCCAGCAUGAAAAAUAACAACAUGGUCAACUACACCCUCAUCCCUCAUGAGAUAAUGGACCAAAGCAAGGGCUCCUUCAUGAGAAAUGGUAAGACUGGUGACUGGAAGAACAUGUUCACAGAGGAGCAGAAUCAGUAUUUCGAAAUCGUCUACAAGUCCAAGAUGCAGGACUACCCUGAGUUUGUGUGAGAGGUGCAGGAUAAAGAGGAGACGCACGCUCAAGAGCACAUUUCUCUGUAUUUAAACCAUAACAGCUGUAUGAAUCCACGAGUAUGCAAUAGAUUCAGCCCUGAAUGACAUGUGUUUAACAUCAUCUCAUGCAUACAUGAACUUUGAGACAUCCAUUGUGCAGUGCAUUUCUAUGCCUCUUGGUUUCUGUUGCUGUCUUAUUGAUAUGUAUUCUGUUACAAUCUAAUAAAUGUGUGGAUAACUC